AUGUCGACUGGAGUCGACAGACAAAAGAAUCCGGCCAAACUCCUCGAUACCAAAUUUGCCGCCCGUCAACGUUCGGUUUCUCACAGCAACGGAUCCGUUUCCCCCAAAAUCAUUGAAUCGGGUCGAGUCCCCGACAAGCGGUCCGCCAACAUGACGCAGAACCAAAGAUCGCGGUAUAUUAAGACGGGCGCCAUUGUCACCUUUAUUUUCCUGAUCAUAUUCUGGUUGUCACCGUCCAAGUCGUCUGUAUCGACGCUCACCGACGACAAGCCGGCCCCCGGCGCCAACGUGUCGACCAAAUGCACCAAGUCCUCCGAUCCGUCCAAGCCUCUGAUUCAGUAUGCGCUCAUGAUCGAUGCUGGAAGCACCGGAUCUCGGAUUCACGUCUACCGGUUCAACAACUGCGGUUCUACUCCGGAACUUGAAAAUGAGGUCUUUGAGCAGACGAAGAAGAAGGAGGGCGGCUCGGGUCUGAGUUCCUACAAGGAGGAUGCCGAGGGCGCCGCUCGCAGUUUGGAUCCUCUCAUGGAAGUGGCCAUGUCGAACGUCCCCAAUGAGUACAAGCCGUGCGCACCGAUUGCCGUCAAGGCCACCGCUGGUCUUCGUUUGUUGGGCCCUGAGAUGAGCAAGAAUAUCCUGGAAGCCGUGAGACGGCGUUUGGAGGCUGUCUAUCCCUUCCCGGUUGUGUCCCGAGAGAAGGGAGGUGUGGAGAUCAUGGAUGGCUCGAGUGAGGGUGUCUAUGCUUGGAUCACCACCAACUAUCUUUUGGGCAAGAUCGGUGGCCCCGACGAGACUCCCACGGCUGCCAUUUUCGACUUGGGCGGUGGCUCGACCCAGAUCGUCUUCCAGCCCACCUUUGAGAAGAGCAAGUCGGGUGGUAUGCCGGAGCGCCUCGCGGAAGGUGACCACAAGUACGAUCUCCAGUUUGGCGGCCGACACUUCGAGCUGUACCAGCACUCUCAUCUCGGCUAUGGACUGAUGUCGGCUCGCGACGCCAUGCACAAGGCUGUUCUGGAGGGGAUGCUGGCCAACGGCCACAAGGAUCGCACGUGGCUGAAGGAGCCCAUUCCCAAUCCUUGCAUUGGGCCUGGUAUGGAGCGCGAAGUCAAAUUGAAUUUCCCCGAAGACCACGCGUUGGGCUCCGAGGUCAAGGUUUUGAUGGUUGGGCCGAAGGACUUCUCGUCUGCUGCUCAGUGCCGCGGUGUGGCUGAAAAGAUCCUGAAGAAGGAGACUAACUGCUUGCUGGCCCCAUGCUCCUUCAACGGUGUUCACCAGCCGUCCCUUGAGAAGACUUUCGCCCGGGAAGAUGUGUACAUCUUCUCGUACUUCUAUGACCGCACGUUCCCUCUGGGCAUGCCCGAGUCGUUCACCCUGGAAGAGCUUCACCAGCUGACCUCCACAGUAUGUGCCGGAGAGAGCAAAUGGAGUAUCUUCAAGGGCGUGGAGCAUGCGCUGGAGGAUCUCCGUGAUCGUCCGGAAUGGUGCAUGGAUUUGAGCUUCAUGCUGGGUCUCCUGCACACGGGAUACGAAAUGCCUCUGUCCCGCGAGGUCAAGAUCGCCAAGAAGAUCAAGAACAACGAGCUGGGCUGGUGUCUUGGUGCGAGCUUGCCCCUUCUGAGCCAGGAAUCUGGCUGGACGUGCCGCGUUAAGGAAGUGCCAUAA